AUGAACUUAGAAAGUAUACCAUUAUCAGAAAAUACCAAGAAAAAUUUACGCCAAACUGGCUACCAUCAGUUAACUAAUAUUCAAUUACAAACUAUUCCUUUAGUGCUGGAAGGAAAGGACAUUAUUGCUCAAUCCCAGACCGGGACUGGAAAGACAGCAGCCUUUUUGAUUCCAAUUUUGGAAAGGCUAGAAGUAAUCUCUCAACCCCAAGUGCUUAUUUUGGUUCCCACCCGAGAGUUGGCUUUACAAGUGAGUGAAGAAGCCCGCAAAUUGUCUCCGCACCGCGUACAAGUAGCAGCAGUUUAUGGCGGAGAACCAAUUCAUAAACAAUUGCAAGCCUUUCGCCGAGGAGUUGACGUGAUAAUAGGAACUCCAGGAAGGAUUAUAGACCACAUUUUUACCAGAAAAAGUUUUCGUUUGGACCAUCUGAAAUUUGUAGUUUUGGAUGAAGUUGAUGAAAUGAUUGGCAAAGGAUUUUUAAAAGACAUUGAAAAAAUAGUGAAAAAAGUUCCUGAAAAACGUCAAACUUUACUUUUCUCUGCUACUAUCUCUCCAGAAGUAGAAGGAUUUGCCCGUAAAUUUGCCAAAAAUCCAGCCCUCAUCAUCAGCAAAAAUGACGAUUUGCCAAGUAAUACCGAACAUUAUUAUAUGGAGACCGCUUCCCUCCGGCAAAAAAAUAAUAGUUUAGUCGAUUUUCUUUCGACCAGCCAACUCGGCUCAGUAAUCGUUUUUGCUAAUACCAAAAGGAAAGUUGAGGAAAUUAAAAAUAUGUUGCUUGACAAUCGCUUACGAGUUGACUACAUUCAUAGUGAUUUAUCGCAAAACAGAAGGACAAGAGUUUUUCAGAAAUUUCGAGCCAAAAAAAUUUCUUUGUUAGUUGCGACUGAUGUAGCAGCUCGCGGCUUAGAUAUUAAGGAUAUUUCUUAUGUUAUUAAUUAUGACUUUCCUCAGAAUCGGGAAUUCUAUAUUCACCGAACUGGACGAACUGGACGAGCCGGAGCCAGUGGCAAAGCCAUAACUUUUGUUAACUCUUCGCGAGAAAAGAACCAACUAUUAGCCAUAGCCCACCAAAAAAACUUCAAAAUAGAAAGAUUUAUUAAUCGAACUAGAUAA